AUGGUCGAUGAGUUGUUGAAGAACUGCACCGACGGCAGUGUCGGAUGCGUCAGUUGUCAGGGAGAGUGGUGCAGAUGUGUCUGGAUGGGCGAGAAGCGCUAUGUUGGAGAUAGCGUCUUUGAGCUUCUCGAAAGACAGUCUAGCGUCGUCUGUAAAAUGAAAAGACCGUUGUUUACCGCGGAGCAAGUCAGUCAUUGGUUGAACAAUGCUCGCGCAGUUAGGAAUAAAGC